CUUUUCUUUUGGUGGUAAAAUAAGACCAACUGUGCAUGCCUACUUACAUACAAGGUCAACAGCAUCAAACUUCAGCUUGUGCUUCCUUGAAUACGAUGGAAGUUCCCACUAUUUCCAAGUUUAAAGUUGGGCUUUGCCAGUUGACUGUUAGUUCAGACAAGAAUCAGAAUCUAAUCCGUGCCCACAAUUUGAUCAAAGUUGCUGCUCAGCAAGGUGCAAGGCUUGUCGUUUUACCCGAAAUGUGGAACUGCCCUUACUCGGCUGAUGACUUUGCUAAGUAUGCUGAGGAUUUUGAAAAUGGAGAUUCCUCGCCCUCCUUUUCAGUGUUAUCAGAGGUUGCUUCGUGCUAUGGAAUCACAAUUGUUGGUGGGUCUAUUCCAGAAUGGUGCAAUGGCCGGCUGUAUAAUACUUGCUGUGUUUUUGGACCAGAUGGAAAGCUCAAGGCUAAGCAUAGGAAGAUUCAUCUGUUUGAUAUUGAUGUCCCAGGAGAUAUUUCAUUCAAGGAAUCUGACUCCUUUGCUGCCGGAGAUGAGCCUACGAUUGUGGACACAGACAUUGGCCGAAUUGGAAUUGGAAUUUGUCAUGAUAUGCGCUUUCCAGAGCUUGCCAUGCUUUACAGAGCAAAAGGGGCACAUAUUAUAUGCUAUCCCGGGGCAUUCAACAUGAGUACUGGUGACUUGCUGUGGGAACUUGUACAGCGAGCAAGGGCAGCUGACAACCAGUUAUUUGUUGCCACUUGUUCACCCUCUCGAGAUUCUGCUGGUUGCUAUGCAAUAUGGGGACAUUCUACUCUUGUAUCACCGUUUGGAGAGAUAAUUGCAACCUCAGAACAUGAAGAGACAGUUGUGGUUGCAGAGAUUGAUUAUUCUGAAAUCCAACGUACCAGAGAGAGCCUUCCACUGGAGAAACAAAGACGAGCAGAUAUUUAUCGGUUUAUUGAAAUGGACCAUUGAAGGCCUUGAAAAUGUCAUCGGUGCAUUGGGUCUUUUGGGAACAGCACUUAUAAUAGCAAAUAUUCCCCACAGGAUCAUUGGUUGGAGCCUGGUUUUGCACGAAUAAUUUCAGUGUUGAUGGCACUAUCUGCAAGGAAUGAGGAUCAUAAACCCCAUUUGAUAGCUACUGUUAUUAAGAUACGCCAACUGUUAUAGUAUUCCAUCAAAUCAUGAAAUAUGACGUAAUGUACUGGUAAUUUCCUCUUCUGAGAAAUUAGACACUUAAAAUUAGCCGUUUGGUCUUGUGGUUGUUCAAAUGAUAUUUUUGUUGGAAAUAUUCAUAUGUUAAAGUGAAGAUAGAAUUCAAGGUA